GUUCUCUCAUUCUUCUUCAUCUCUCUCUUCAUCUCCUUCGCUCUCUCCCUCACUCUCUCUUUCUCUUUUUUUUUUCUAUUUCUCUGUGCGGAUGGGCGACACUCCGCCACGGCGGCGGUCUGGCUUGAUCGAGACGCACUUCCACAACAGCGGGAGGAGUGGCGCGCUCAGCAGACCACACGACGCCGACAACGAAGACGCAGACGCAGACGAAGGCGACAUGGUGGACUACUCGGACUCUGCUGAUAGCAAUGACAACGAUGAUAAUAAUGAUGAUAAUGAUGGAGACGAAGACGAAGAUGGCGAAGAAGGGGACGCGGACGACAGGCGGAGGCGACGGAGAGCGGCAGCGGCAGCGGCGGUGAACUCGUCCCCAGCAGCAGCAGCAUCCUCACCGUCCACAUCAUCAUCAUCAUCAUUAGCAUCAUCAUCAGCAACGAGCGCAGUGCCAGUGGCAGCGGCGGUCGACGAGUACGGGUCGCCAUUCCGGCACCGGCUGCUGUCUGCAGCGAGCACGACCGGGGCACUGCGGCCAAUCCAGCGACCGGGCCACGCCGCGCACCACCUCCGCGACCGCGCCGGCAGCACCAGCAGCACCAACAGCACUGGCAGCAGCAGCAGCAGCAGUAGUGGUGGGCGCAGUGGUGGCCGUGGCAGCGCGUCCGUCAACCGCCACGAGAGCUACCGCGUUGCUGUCGGUCAGACACGGCCGCCGCCGCCACAGCACCAGCACCACCACCAUCAGCAUCAGUCUGGCUAUGAUCAGCAGCAGCAGGAUGGCGAUGGUGAGGACGAGGACGGCUCGCCCUCUUCCCCCUCCGCUUCCUCCGCUUCCUCGCCCGCUCCACUCUCUCCGGCGGCGGCUUCGGCAUCGGCGUCGGUCGGCUCGUCGUUCAGUCCGCCGUCGUCCGCUGCAGCCAAAAUCAGCAAAAUCGCUGCCCUUCGACUCGCAGGUCAACGGUCGUCGCUGCGAUCCGUCACAAAGGACUCGUUUCGAAUUGCAAUCGACCAGACGAAUAAUCCGCUCUUCACGCGCGGCGAGGCAAGUCCAAGUCCGACCAACAAUGGAAAUGGCAUCAAUGGCAAUGGGCAACAACUACAACCCCACCUCGUCCAGGCACCCCAGCCACGCAGGCGCAGCUCGAGUGGUUCGCACACGUUGUCGUACUUGUCGAUGCGACUAGACGAGUCGGACGAGCCGGAUGGAGCCGCGGAUCGUGAUCAUCAUGAUCAUCUUCAUCAUUUUGGCGGGAGCUCUAGCAUUGUCGAGGCACUGUCGGAGCAGGUUAUGCACGACGCCGAAAGCGAUGAGGAACUCGAUCGCAGUGCUGCCAACCAGCCGCCUCACUCGUCGCCGUCCGCUGCUGCUGCUGCUGCUGGCCACUCACACCACUCACACCACCAGCACCAGCACCAUCACCAUCACCACUCUCACCAUGGUGGUGGCGGCGGCGGCGUGCACUACCACCGACCCAUUAGCAACCAACCACAACUCACCACCAUGUCCGCCCAAGAGGCGCGACGCAGGUCUUCGGCAGCAUCCAACACCACCAUCGCGACGCUGGUGGCUGCAGACGCAUUCGCUCCCGUCUCUCUUGCCACGGCCGGGCCGGGCUCGAUGAUGUCGGAGGAAGAGUAUCAAGCAACCAACAGUGUGCUUGAUGCGAACGAAGUUCGUCUACGGCGGCGAUCGUCGACAAUCGAUAGUCAUGCCAGUAUUGAGACGGCCUUGGGCGAUGAGCUGCGUGCCCUGCAGCUCGGACCCAACCCAACCGCUCGCGAUUUGUCGCCGUUUUCGCAGAGUCUUCUCGGCUCGUCAGCCGUGUCUACUCCGUCUCCGACGAACUUGUUCAGCAGUCUGCGGGUGGAUAUUGGUGCUCAAGGCGCCGGUUUUGCGCCGGGCUCCCCCUCGGCCAAACGGGAACGGCAACGCAUGGAGAUUUUCAACGAGAUUGCUUCGACGGAGCAGUCCUAUCUGCGCGAUCUGGAAGUUCUUGAGAGUGUCUUCAUCAAAGGCGUCGAAAAGGCGAAAGUGAUAUCCAAAUACGAGGCGAGCGGUAUUUUUGCCAAUGCUGCCGAGCUAGUUCCAUUGCAUAUGGAUAUUUUGAGCGACUUGUUCGAGUUGCAGCGAUCGUUUGCAGCGACGGGUGUUGUGGUGAUGGAUGCGGUCGGGCAAGUCUUCCUUUCGCGGGCUUCAACCUUGAGUGCCGCCUACGGCAAGUACGUGAGCAACAAGCAGAACGCCGAGCGAGUUUUGGCCUCGUGCAAGAAGCAAAACAAGGCUUUCUCCACGUUUCUCGAUACCUGCCUCGGAUUGCCCGAAUGUCGCAAGUUGGACUUGCAGAGCUUCCUAACAGCACCAUUUCAGCGCAUCACACGAUAUGGACUCUUGCUCAAAUCUUUGGCAUCAUUGUCACCGACUGCAGUGUCUCAUGCGCAUGCCAUGCUGGCACAGCAGCAACAACAACAACAACUGCAACUGCGCGGGACGAUGCACGUUCGAACAGCCUCGGGGGCGUCUGGCGAUGCACAGCCCUCGUCGUCCAACCAAAGUCCAAACCCGGACUCGUUCAUGAGCAGUAGCAGCAGCAGUGGCAGCGCCAUGCAUGGUUUGCUGAGUAUGGACUCUGUCAUGUCGCUUGCGAUCGAAAAGGAGGCCAUUGAAGGGUCUGCGCUUGCGCAAGCGCUGCAGGCCCUCGAUGCGAUCGUUGUGCAAGCGGAAGAGAAGGCGCUUCGUGCAGAAAACAUUCAACGACUGAUUGAAAUCAAUUCCUCGACCGACUUCGCCACCCCGCAGCUUGCACGGGACUUUGCGAUUGUCACCUCUGCUCGACAGCUUCUGCUCGAAGGCAACCUCGUUCGCCAUGUCUCGACGCACGUGUCCCAAAACGUCCAUUUGUUCCUGUUCAACGACUACAUGUUGCUCGCUGUGACGAAGAAAGACCGGUUCUUUGUGAGCGAGCCACCAUUACCGGUGCACGAGCUCGUAAUUUCCAACGUUGUUGCCGAUGAAGCACCAUCGGCCUCGGCACAACAUCGACUGGACGAGAUUGCGAAUAUGCCGUUACCACCCAAUCCGAUCGUGAAAACCCGCAAGUCGUCAAAAUCUCUCAGCAGCGCACUUCCGCCACCGCUACCGAGCCCGACAUUGACACGCUCGACGCGAAUGCGUGCAUCCACCGAUGUUGACGCUGCUCUCAAGCCUGGCAGGCAGCAAGCUGCCGCCUCUCCUACUCCAAGUGGCACCGUUCACCCUCUGAGCUCCAUCUCUGCUCCAACCCCAUCUGUCACUGGGGGCAAUAGUUCUCUGCUCGCCUCUCCCUCCCACGGUUCAGGUGUGGCUGGCAAUCGGCUCAGCCACUCGAGCGUUGGCAGCAACGACAGCGGCGCGGAUGGCAGCUUUGGCCUUGACGACUCGAGCGAGUUCAUCUCGCGCUCGCCUCGGGCAUCGGUUGUAGUUGCGCCUGGAGAUCGUUCCCUUGCGAGCUCGGAAGAUGGGUUUGGAUCAGUCUCCAACUUGUCCAGCAACAACUCUUUGGGCGGUACGCCCCCAGGCUCGCCUCUACUGGACGACGUGGGUCCUGGCCUGACUCGCGGCAAUACACGUCGUAAACUGCCCUUUGCCUCAGAGAGCGCGACCGACAUGCGGGCGUCCAUGCGCAUGCGGCGCGGCUCCCUGUUUAAAAACCGCGACAAUUGCUUCUUUGUGGCCCACGUUGGCUUCAAGGUGUUCGAGUUUGAAGCUCCAACCGAGUACGACAAGGUCGUCUGGAUGAAAGCCAUUGGCCACGCUAUCGGAGACCAAAUCACCUCACUUUACCGCGGUACUCACGAACCAGCCAGCGCCUCCAAUGCCAGCUCUCCCGUCGCCUCCGCGACCACCACGCCGCUGCUGACCCCGCAGCAUUCUUCGGCUGGGCUGGUGACCGCCGCCAGUAUGAUCUCCAGCAACGGCUCGUCGCUGCUGCCAAGCCAUUCCACCAGCGCGAUUUUUGCGACCACUGCCUACGCGUCCGGCUCGCCACAUGCCUCGACCCCGUCGCCAGUGUCCGUUGCUGAGUUGCACUCUGCCCCGCGACCCGCGAGCCUGUCUUCACGCAAGGAUCUCAUCGAGGAAAUUUUCAUCGAGUCCAAUGUGUAGUGACGGGGCUUUUCCUUCAUACUCACAUCAUUCAUAGCUGGUGCUUUUCGAAUCGUCGUUGAAGGAUUGCUUCAGUUUCUGUAUUUUUUUUCUCAAACCAACAAAGCAACAAAUUAACAACGACAGAUUUCAAACCCGGAAAAUACAAAGACAAACUUCAUCAGACGGUAGUUUGCAAUACCAGUUUGUCUGAGUGGGAAAAAUUGGGUUGAACAUCAACGCAUGCACACAAAAUAAAAGAAUCAGAC